AUGAGUGUAACCGAUCCGGUAGCGGACAUGCUGACCAAGAUCCGCAACGCAGGCAUGGCAGGGCACGAAAGCGUCGACAUCGUGCCGUCGAAGUUCAAGCUGGAGAUCGUCAAGACCUUGAAGACCGAAGGCUACCUGCGCAACUUCAAGCGUGUCGGCCAGGACGGUCAGGGCCCGGUGCGGGUGUUUCUCAAGUACGACGACGAACGCAGGCCGGUGAUCCGGGGAGUGCAGCGGCUUUCCAAGCCGGGGCGCCGCGUAUAUCGGAGCUACCGCGACAUGCCUGCGAUUCUGAACGGCUACGGGAUAAUUCCGAUACCCGUGCCGGCGGGUGUGGACGUGGCGGUCCAGGACAGCAGGGUGGACGUCGCCGGUCCCAAGGGCACGCUCAGCAGGCCGCUGCCGGCAACGGUUCGGGUCGAGGUCGCCGACGGGAAGGUCGCUGUCAGUCGUACCGACGAGGAACGCUCAUCGCGAGCGAUCCACGGCCUGACCCGUAAUCUGAUCGCCAAUAUGGUCACCGGGGUGUCGGCAGGGUUCACGCGCGAGCUCCUGAUCAGCGGCGUGGGGUACCGCGCCGAGGUUCAGGGCCAGGCCCUGGUCGUGGACGCCCGCUAUUCGAACCCGGUGCAGAUGCAGAUCCCGGCCGAUCUCACGGUCCAGGUGGCAGGUGGCAACCGCAUCCUGAUCUCCGGGAUCGACAAGCAGACCGUUGGGCAGUUCGCCGCCGACGUGCGGUCGGUGCGGCCGCCGGAACCCUACAAGGGAAAAGGUAUCCGCUACGCCGACGAGCACGUACGACGCAAGGUGGGCAAGUCGGCCGUGGGAGGUACAGACUGA